ACAUUCGGAACGUACAAAUUACGUUAGUGAUGUCAUCGCGCGCUUUUUUACUUUCAACUCAAAAUUAAAUUCGCUUUGUUUUCAUAUUUUGUUCUUCAGAGUAUCUAACUGACAUCUCCCACAGCUCUGAUUUCUUAAUUAGAAACGAGUAUUGAGUGAAAUAUUUCAAUUCAAUUUAAUUUUUAGAAUGUUCCUCGAGUGAAAUGAUAAAAUUACAAUAAAGCUAAUGUGCCCACAUUGCUCACAUAAACAACUGUCAAUGUCCGCUGGAACUGCGACAAUGUAUUUCACAUCUGCAAGCUCCCGUUUGCUGUUCUACGAUAGUGUUAGUUGGGAUUUGAAGAAAUCAUACGGCUGCUACGAAGGGAUUCUCCGUGAUGUAUCAUGGAGUGACGACAGUAAAUACUUGCUGCAGGUCAAUUCUAAAGGUGUUGUUGAAGUACUGAGUGCAGCGGAUCAUGAAGUCCGUAGUUUACAACACAUUCCACUUAAAGAUUCCUGGUCAGCUACCUUCCACCGAGAUGGGCACCGUAACAUAGCCAUUGGUACUAAGAGUGGCAAUGUCAUGAUAUGGGACACAAAAAAUAAAAGCAUAGUGAAGACAUUCCCUACACCCUCACAACAGUCAACAGUUAAUUAUGUCAGCUAUAAUGCGAACAAUACAAGGUUGGCUGCUUCAAUGCAAAAUGGAGAUACUGUCAUAUAUGGAUUAGUGUCCAACAUUCCUGUGCUAACUAUUCGUUUAUCAUGUUCAAAAAGUAUUUCUGCAAUGAAGUUUCAUCAGGAGUCGAGACCGCUGCUUGGCUUGGCCACGGAUGAAGGUCAUAUUGUGCUUCGGGAUAUAACAACUAAUAAAGACAAGGUGUUCUUUGAAAAUGUCCAUGCAUCACCUGUCAGUGAUAUAGCAUUCUCCCUUAUAAACAGGGAUGUAAUGCUCUCCUGUGGGUAUGACAAAAUAAUGCAUGUCUACGAUGUAAGAUUGCAGAAUGUUGUUUCAACAAUAAGAACAUCGUACACAUUAACAUCUCUAGCAAUUAACACAGACAAUCAAGUGGGACUCGGUACUAGAAAUGGUAUUGUUUUAAUAUAUGAUUUGAGAGAUCUGACAAUACCAUUUAAAGUUUUGAAAGGCCAUGAAGAUGAGGUGCGUAGAGUAGCCUUCCAACCUUUGAGGAGGAAACUACUGUCUACAGAUAUCAGCCUUCGUGAAGAUAUUGAGAACAAUAUUUCGCCCACUAAACUUAGUUCCCCUAUCAGGACAAGAACAUCAGAUAUGUUUUUCAUAACUGACACACCACCUAAAACAAACUUGGAAGUGUCUAACCAAGGUGAUACCAAAGCGGACUCAUUUCUCGUCAUGUUGGGCCUGGAUAAAUCUAACAAUGAUUUUGAUGAAGAUGGAAACAAAUCUGAAUUCGAGAGGAAAAGUGAUAGACAUGAAGCGAGGUAUCGUCAGCUGGAUGCGGAGAAGAAUAUUAGCAAAGUGUCAACACCCCUUACUAGUCGAGGCACUGAUAAUUUCGGGUUUCCUUCUCCAAUAAUAAAUGGGAUUCCAGAUGAUGGGAGAGGAUCGAACAUUAACUUAUCCAAUAUAAAACAGUCAAAUUCGAAUCAGUGCACAAUUGGAAUGGAGAAUAAGUCAGUAGAAGAACUCAAGGAUUUCAUGAAACUUACAUUAGCUGAUGUGGCCGAUAGUAACAGAAACUAUUUUCUGCACAUCAUGAUGGCUUUAACUAAACAGAAAUUAUUUCUAGAGAAACAGCUAUCUGAGAUGAAUGAGCAGAUUCAGCAUUUGUUGCAUAAUCAAGAGGCUUUAAUUGAAACGAAUAGAAAACUAGCAUUGGAAAUUGAGCAGUUGAAAGCAAGGCAAAAUCUCUUUUAAAUUGGUAAAAAAUUGUUAUUCGUAUGACUAUCAAUGGAGCUCUUAAAUAAAUGGCAAGCAUGAGUGUAAUUUGUAGGGAUAGCAAAUGCAAUGUAUACUCAGUAGUAAAAAAAAUAAUGUAUACCAAGCAUUUUCAUACCAUAUUCAUAAAGAAUUCAGCAUUCAUUGUUAUAGGAUAUUUUUUAAAGAGACUAUAAACUGUCUGAUCAUACUAUAAAUAAAUAUUUGCCAAAGUGAGAGGUGCAGAAUUUUAUAUUAUGUGCAGAAAUACUUGCCUGUGUUCAAGAAAAAUGUAUGUUUUAACUAUGAAAUUUCAAUUCUAUGUUCCAAUUUCUAUAAAUCAAUUAGUGCCAUAAUAGCUAGAAUGUCCUACAGCAAAACUGAUUCAAUGUUUUUAAUUUUUUUAUAAUUAUCACUGUUUAUAUCAGUACUAAAAUUAUUGCUUUUUAUGUCAUAAAAACUGUGUUGGGGCUCGAUUAUUAAUGUUAUGUUUAAAUUAUUGAUCAAUAUUUUUAAUAUAUAUAAAUAUUAUUAUACUGAUAUGUAAUUUAUUGUUAAAAAUGAUGGCAAAAAUUUAUCGACGAAAAAGCAUCGUAUAUUUUACUUUUUACCAAUCAAAUACAUGAAUUAAUAAUUGUGUGGAAAUUGAAGGCGUCGUAUAGAAUGCGUUUCAUGUUAAGCAGGGUGAACAGUUUGACGACGAAAUAUAGCACAUUUGAGUGUAUUGGAUAUUCAACAUGAAAAUAUUUUGGGUCUUUAAGAGAAGUACUAGCAGUAGCGUCGCUUGA